AUGCUGCCCUCCAUUCCAUGCAUCCAAUGUGUCAAAGUCAGCGCUGAGCAGGAUGCCAACCUCUUCUUCAUCACCGUCGAGGCCAAGCUCAUCGCCGCUGGCAUCGACGCUGGCAUCAUCGCCGAGGGUGGUGCUGACCACCAAGGAGACGGGCAGGCUCCAGCAGCUGCCUCAUCGCCGAGCCCAAGCACCCACGGUGCUUCGGGUCCCCGCACUCGCUCCCGCGCUCAACGCGGCCCGCGCCGCACUGGCGCCCGCCACGACGCGGGGGACCACGACGACGAUGACGACGACGAGGGCGAUGGCGACGACCACGGCGCUCGCCCAUCUUCCUCCUCUUCCUCUCUCCAUUCUUCGGCCACUCCGAGCGGAGGAGCGCAGGUGGCGUCCCGAGCCUCUGGCCUGCUGGAUCCCCGUGAUCCACAGGUUGACGCAGCCAUCUUCGCGUUCCUCCUUGGCGUCCUGACGGGACACCCGCUGCGGCUGGCCAUCACCGACAACCGUGGCCGCUCCGGUGUGCUUGCGCUGCGCCGCCUCCGCGAGCGCUACAUCCGCAGCGGCAAGGACCACGUCUGUGACAUGUCGAACACAGACGGGAACAAGGAUGAAUGA